AUGCGUGCUGCGGCACCGGAUCAAGUGCGCUGCCUGCACUUGCUUAUAAAACACAACCAGUCGAGAAACCCGAUCUCCCGCCGGACGAACCAAGCUGUGACCAAGUCGAAGGAACAGGCUCACGCGGAUCUCUCUGCGCUGCAGUCCAGUGUGUGUCAAGAAAACUUUGCGCAGCUUGCGAACCAGUACAGCGACUGCGGUUCCUUCCAAAAAGGAGGUGAUCUCGGGUUCUUUACCCGAGGAAUGAUGCAGAAGCCCUUCGAAGACGCUUCGUUCGCUCUUCAAGUGGGGGAAAUAAGCGAUAUCGUUGAUACGGACUCGGGCUUGCAUCUCAUCUACAGAAUUGCCUGCGGUGAGAGCGCUCCUGGCGGGGGAGGCGCAGACCUCGUGGCCGUCAUGUUCGAGGUCCAUGGUCGGGUCCAGGGGGUUUUCUUCCGAGUCCACACUCAAGAACACGCGCAACACCUAGGCUUGACAGGUUGGGUUCAGAACAUGCCGAGCGGCACUGUAAAGGGGGAGGCAGAAGGACCAAGUGGCCAAGUUGAGAAGAUGCUCCAUUGGCUACGGCAUGUAGGCAGUCCCCAAAGCCGGAUCGACAAGCUGGACGUUCUCGAAAAGAAAUCCAUAACAGAGCGAAAGUACUCUACGUUCGACAUCAUACGAAAGAAGCGGUAG